GUGACUGCAGCUGAGUUUGAGACACAGUGUGGCAAGGUGGCGGGCUGGAAGAAAGACAUCGAAGAGCUUCUCCUGGAAGCAAAGGUUCUAGUCCGCCAGGCUUGGGCGAGAGACGAAGAGGAGAUGCGUCUGCGCGAAGCUGCGAAGCCCAAGGGAUCGAGCGGCAAGAAGACUGCGAUCAAUAAGGACAAGAAAGAGAAGCAGAAGAAAAGUGAGAGCCCGAGCGACUCGGACUAG